CACAACACAGAAUAGGUACUUAAAUUUUAUCUUGAUAUUUAAAAUGUAUAUAUCAUGUUAUCCGAAAAUCUGUAGCACAAUUUAUUAAGUUGCUGCUCGGGUCGGGUGUGUGCUGAAGACACAUAGAGAAUUAUAGGAAAAAGGAAUUAAUAUGGAGGAAAAAUAUAUAUUAUCUUUAGAUAUAGGUACUACAACAAUUAGGUCGGUUAUUUACAAUUCAAAAACAGAAAUCGUAGGCAGGGCUGUAGAUCAGGUAACUCUUCACUAUCCCAUUUCUGGCUAUGUGGAAAUUGACCCUGAUGAGCUAUGGACCAUUGUGAUAAAUGUUGUAAACACUUGCUUGCAAAAUGCAAAACUCUCAGCCGGUCAGAUCACAGCAAUGGGGGUAUCGACACAAAGAGGUACAUUCAUAACAUGGUCUAAGACUACCGGGAAACCAUUUCAUAGAUUUAUAACGUGGAAAGAUCUCAGAGCUGAUGAAUUAGUGAAGCAAUGGAAUAACUCAUUCUCUUGGAAGCUUCUCAAAUUUGGUGCUUAUGUGUUGUAUAUUAUAUCAAGGAGUAACAGAUUUCGUGCUGGGAGCGUGUUUAAAUUCUCCAAUAAUCAGACGACAUUGAGAUUGUACUGGGCUCUACUUAACAUACCUGAGUUGAAAGUAGCAGUUGAAAAGAAUGACGCCAUGUUCGGAACCUUGGAUACUUGGCUGCUAUAUAAAAUGACAGGAAGCAAGAUUCAUAUGACAGACGUGUCAUCGGCGUCAGCGACUGGUUUUUACGACCCUUUCACUAUGAAAUGGUCUAGUUGGGCUUUGCAAUUGUUUGGAAUACCAUUAGCUGCCUUACCGACACUGGUCGAUACUGCCGGCGAUCACUUCACUAGUACUGCACCAGAAAUAUGGGGUCACGCGAUACCUAUACGGAGUUUUAUUGCCGAUCAAACAGCUUCAAUGUGGGGCUCGUGUUGUUUUGAUGUCGGCGACGUGAAGCUGACCAUGGGUACUGGGACGUUCUUUAACAUCAACACUGGUUCUGUACCACAUGCGUCUGUUUCUGGACUAUAUCCAGUAGUUGGGUGGAGGCUGGGUGAUGAAUUGGUCUUCUCAGCAGAGGGAGCGAACAAUGAUACAGCUAGCAUCAUUAAAUGGGCACAAACCUUAGGUCUGUUCGAUAAUCCCCAAGAUACGGCUGAAAUUGCCAUGUCGGUGCCGGACACUGACGACGUAUUCUUCAUACCCGCGUUCAGCGGAUUGGGACCACCGUAUAACGACUCCACCGCGGCGUCGGGCUUCGUCGGCAUGAAGCCGUCUACGACAAAAGCGCACCUCGUUCGUGCCGUCCUCGAGUCGCUGGCUUUCCGCACUGCACAGCUGUAUACCUGCGUCCGGGCUGAAACUUCGUACACGUUUAAUAGUAUUAGGCUAGAUGGCGGUGUAUCCAAUAACGAUUUUAUAGUUCAACUAGUAGCAGAUUUAACAGACCUACGUGCGAUACGACCAGUAGAAGUUGAAAUGUCUUCCCUUGGCUGUGCUCAUAUCGUUGGUUUACAUUUAGGUAUAUUCUCAUCGAAAGAAGAGUUGAAAUCGCUUCAUAAAGUAGGUACCGUGUUUACGCCACGGCCUCAGGUUAAAAAGGCGUACGAAGUGACAAUCGCUAGAUGGGAAGACGCUGUAAAGAGGAUGUGUGGUUGGUAUUUAGGGAAUAAGACAAUUUCCUAUCGAAACUCAGUACAAGACUCGAGCAACUCAAUCAGACCUCAGAAUAGUUUCAAGGUCACAUCGAUGAAGAAAAAUGGACGAUCCAAAUAGCGGUGGCUUUUUUAUUUGCUUUUAUUCAUCGCGUGCAUUCCGAUAUGCAGAUGAUAUUGGACAUUCCUUAGUAGUUUUAAAAUGUAUUGUUGUUAUAUUUAUAAGAAUUUGACGAGAUUGUAGAUGACUUUUUAACGGGUUGUGGUUAUAUAAUUAAGGUGGUCUGAAUCGUUUUUUUAAUGUUUGAUUUUAAUCGUAUUAUUUAUAAAUGAGAUAAACUAUUCGAUUAUAGUGCCGUAUAUAUAUAUAUGUGUUGAACAAAUUGGACGUUCGCGAACGAAAUUAUUGAACGUUAUUAGUUCAUGUGUUAGGUAUAAAAUAUCGUCGUAAUUAUACUCAUUAAGCAAUCCUUUGCCGAUUGUAAACAGUGAAAUACUGGCUUGUGUGUUUGUAUGUUUUGUUAUGAAACAGCAUUGUUUCAACUCGUACUGGUAGGUGUGUAUACUCGUCAGGGUAGCCUUAACAUUCGAUAGUCUGGCAAAACAGUAAUACAUACAAUUCGAUGGUGUGUUCCGGCUUGUGACGUAAAAUUUAUUCUAGAAAGAACUUAAUAUCCUAGAUAUAUAUUGGAAAUGACUCCUUACAAAGUAAGUUACUUCUUACAAAGCAAGUCUGGUGACUACUUACCACCAUAUGACUGAUUUGGCAAUUUAUGAAUUACACACAUAUAUAUAUAUAUAUAUAUAUAUAUAUAUAUAUGUAUACAAAAUUACUACUAGUACAUAAUUAUAUAGACAGAUAGAUUUUUAAUAAAUACAUAUUAUAUAAAGUUUGGUUCCUAUAUGUGUAUGUAGCUUUAUUAUCUAUUGAUACAUACAUAUACAUAUAUAUACAUAUAGAUACAUAGUUUAGACCCGAAAUUAGUAAAUAGUAAUCAAUAUAUGUAUGGCAUCACAUAGCACUUUAUAAUUCUUUAUAAAAAUUAACCACCGCUUCCAAGUCUGGCUUCAAGUCAAAAUGUAGACCAUUAAAGAAAAUCUAUUUUUAAUCUAUCUACUAAGGUCACCACUGCCCAUUAACAUUGAAUGAAGUACGAAAACUAUUUUAUCAUUUUAAUUAACUAACAACUAUGGAAUUCGACAUGAUAUUAUGUUUUUUUUUUUUUUUUGUAUCUAUAAACACAAAGGCCUACUCAUCCUUUAAUUGUUACUGAUAAACAGUUUGUUGUAAGUUAAAAUACGAGUAAGUACCACUUAACAUUUCAAUCGUUAAAUUUAAGUAUAUCUAAUAAUCAAAAUAAUUCCGAGUCGGAAAUUUCGAUACUAUAUAUCUGCCAAUUUAAUCCUCAUUUAUUGGAAACACGUAUAAAUACUUAUUCAUGUUCUAAUUUCGACCUCUUUUUAUAAUUUUCAACAGCUUCAACCAUGACAUUUGAUAUUUUAAAACAUUUAAAAUUAAAUUUAUUUUCAGUCUUGCCAUGUAAAAUUUAUUAUUGAAUUUAAAAUAAAAUAAUGUUCUA